CUACGUGUAAAUGUCGUACUGUCGCCUGCCUGCCGGACUGUCUGUUUUCGUUUUUAUACAAUCGGGAUUUGGGUUAUCAUUAGUUACAGGGAAAGCCAAGUUUACGUAGACGAACUUUUCAGUUUUCAGCAGCUUUUAUUAAGAAAAGUAAGAGUGUUGGUUUUGGAAUGCCUUGCUUAAAUGUGAAAUUAUAAAACAAUUUUAAGCAUAUAAAUCAUAAUGAUAGUAAUUAGUUUUAGAUCUGUGCUGUCGGUUACAGUUUUGUCAUUAUUUGUGUUUAUUGUGGGCGGUGAUGAACACACUCAUACAUAUCAAGAGAACGACGAGGUGGUGCUAUGGAUGAACACAGUGGGACCAUACCACAACCGUCAGGAGACCUAUGCCUACUUCUCUCUGCCGUUCUGCAUGGGUACCAAGGAGACCAUCAGCCACUACCACGAGACUCUGGGAGAGGCAUUACAGGGGGUGGAGCUGGAGUUCAGUGGCCUGGACAUCGAGUACAAAGCUGACAUUUCAAAGACACCAUAUUGUGAAAUUCAGCUGAAUGAUGAAAAGCUGAAAGCAUUCAUAUAUGCUGUCAAGAACCACUAUUGGUACCAGAUGUAUAUUGACGAUCUACCUAUUUGGGGAAUUGUUGGUGAAAUGGAAGAGGUGAAUGGCCAGAUGAACUACUACAUCUGGACACAUAAGAAGUUUGAUAUUGGUUACAAUGGCAAAUACAUUGUCGAUGUAAACCUAACGUCUGAGUACAAGAUCAAGUUGGAACUUGGAGUGAAGAUUCCCUUCACGUACGAAGUUAACUGGAAACCAUCACCUGUCAAAUUUGAAGACCGUUUUGAUAAAUAUUUGGAUCCAAAUUUUUUCCAACACAGAAUACAUUGGUUCAGCAUCUUUAACAGCUUCAUGAUGGUGAUAUUCCUUGUGGGUCUGGUCUCCAUGAUCCUCAUGAGGACCCUGAGAAAAGACUAUGCCAGAUAUAGCAAAGAUGAAGAGUUAGACGAUAUGGAACGUGACCUCGGGGAUGAGUAUGGCUGGAAGCAGGUGCACGGGGACGUGUUUCGUCCAGCCAGCAACCCAAUGGUUUUCUCAGCAAUGAUAGGAGCCGGCUACCAAGUCACUGUGGUCACUCUCUCUGUCAUUGUGUUUGCCAUCCUAGGAGAGCUUUACACAGAGAGAGGAUCACUGCUGAGUACUGCCAUAUUUGUGUAUGCGGCGGCCAGCCCUGUCAACGGUUACUUCGGUGGGGGGCUCUAUGCCAGACUGGGAGGCAAGAUCUGGAUCAAACAAAUGAUUCUGUCAGCAUUCAUGCUGCCUGCACUUGUCUGUGGUACUGCCUUCUUUAUCAACUUCAUUGCUAUCUACUACCAUGCCUCCAGAGCUAUCCCCUUUGGAACAAUGGUGGCAGUGACAUGUAUCUGCUUGUUUGUGAUUCUGCCUCUGACCAUGGUGGGAACAGUGUUAGGUCGCAAUUUGGCAGGCCAGCCUGACUACCCGUGCCGCAUAAACGCUGUGCCACGGCCCAUUCCUGAGAAAAAAUGGUUCAUGGAGCCGGCCGUCAUUGUGGUACUUGGUGGUGUUCUGCCAUUUGGCUCCAUCUUCAUCGAGAUGUACUUCAUAUUUACAUCAUUCUGGGCAUACAAGAUAUAUUAUGUGUAUGGCUUCAUGCUCCUGGUGUUUCUGAUACUGAUGAUUGUGACGGUCUGUGUGACGAUUGUGUGCACGUACUUCUUGCUCAACGCAGAGGACUACCGGUGGCAGUGGACCAGCUUCCUGGCAGCAGCUUCUACUUCUGGUUAUGUUUACAUGUACUCCUUCUACUAUUUCUUCUUCAAAACAAAAAUGUAUGGGCUGUUCCAAACUGCGUUCUACUUCGGCUACAUGGCGUUGUUCUCUGCAGCCCUUGGCAUCAUGUGUGGCACGGUCGGGUACGUUGGCACCUCGUUGUUCGUGCGAAAGAUUUACUCUACCGUCAAGAUCGACUGAACUGCCAACCUUUCCAGAGAUCUCAAGAAAAUAUCCAUCACUAUCGGUCUAUGACUCCAAGCUUGUUAAAGCUCUCCAAAUCUCCACUUUCUUGAGUUCUUAUUUUUAUUUCAAUGUAUGGGUUAAUGUAAUAUGUAAGUAAUGUCUGAUUGUACAACUUUACAUGAUAUACAGUUUUCUUGUAAAUAAGAAUUUAUCUUGUAAUCUUUUAAUAAACCAAUGUGUUAAGAACAGAUCCUUAUUAUCUUAUGAUGAAAUCAGUGUAGUAUUGCGUUGGCUGUGUACAACUUUAGACUUCUAAGACACUAUUUCUUUGUAGGUUAAAAGUGGCACAAAUUUUGUUUGGAUGUUGCUAUGGAAUAUUCUAUAAUGUUGAGACAAAGUCUUCGAUAUUCUGUAAUUUUCAUUGCGGUAAAGUCCAAUGAUAAAUUCUUAUUCUUGAUAGGUUUUAUUUUAUUUGUUCAAAAGAACUGGCAGCAAGUUGUAAGCGGUCACUACUGAAAACUGAAUAAAUACAAAUUUGUCAACUGACAAUGUCAUGUUUCUAGUCCUAAGAAAAGUUCUUUUGAAGGAAACUUAAAUGGUUUUUAACUUAAUGAUUGUAUUAAAAUAAAUUUGUUUUGAAGUUGUUGAGCUUUAAACCUGAGUCAGGCAUUCAGUUUUUGUGAAUGCAUUAAACUUGUGAUUUAUUUACAUAUUUGUGAUACAUAUUAUGGUGAACCUAAAGUACAUAAUGGAACAAAUAAACAAAUCUUAGUCUUUGUUUCGUCUAAAAAUGUUUGUUUAAAUAAGUUUACCUUCUUUACAAAACUGUUUGCAUUUCAGUACUAGAAAAGAAUAAUGUCCCUAGGAAUAAAAAGUUUGCCUUGCAUUCUAUGUACUUUUAUGAAAACAUUUGAAACACUACUGCCGACACAGUGUUUCACAUAUUUUAUUUUAUUAUUUUGUAGUUGCUUGAUAUAUUUAUAAUUUUUGUUAACAUUUGAUACAUGUUGUAUUAUAUUGAAAACGUAUAACCUUUGUAAAUAGACCACCUAGAUACUGUAUGUGGAGUUAGUGAAGUUGUUUUAUAGUAUUUUUUAUCAUUUAGAGUCCUGUACAUAGAUGUCGGAUAGAGUAAGUGUUACAAGCGCUCUGCACUGUGUGUAAUAAGCAAAUAGGAUCACUGAAUUGUGUUUUACAACUGUCCCAACUAUUGGAUGUACUAUUUUAAUAAAGACAGCGGUUUUAAAACCAAA